AUGCUACGGCGGGAUUGCGGCGGCGUCAAUUCUUAUGACAGUAGCUCCUUGCGGAUACAGCAGGCAGCAGGGACAAUACGAUCCAGCAGUAUUUUGCAGGCACCAAGAGUCAGCGUGUCCACAUCGCAUUUCCAUCCGAUAGUCCAAGAGUGGUUCGAGGGUCGGUUCCAGGGGCCUACUGAGGCGCAAACCCAAGGCUGGGCGGCCGUGGCCGAAGGACGCCACACGCUCAUCGCGGCCCCCACCGGAUCCGGCAAGACCCUUGCGGCCUUUCUGACGUGCAUAGAUCGCCUGGUCAGGCAGGGACUCGAAGGCGAGCUGCCGGAGACGACCCAGGUGGUUUACGUGUCGCCGCUGAAGGCCCUCUCCAACGACAUCCAGAAAAACCUGGCCGGGCCCCUGGAAGAAAUUUCGGCUCUGGCCGCCCGCAAGCACAGGCACGGCCAGCCCUGCCUUGAGCUGUUUCCCGAGGACGAAUCACCAUUCCCGGAAAUCCGCGUGGGCGUCCGCACCGGCGAUACCCCCCAGUCCGAACGCCAGAAGAUGGCGAAGAAACCCCCCGCACAUCCUCAUCACCACGCCGGAAUCGCUGGCGUCAACACGGUGAUCCUCGACGAGAUUCACGCGGUGGCCGACGACAAGCGCGGCUCUCACCUUUCGCUUUCCGUUGAGCGGCUCUGCGCGCUGUCGGAGCAGCCCGUGGUACGCAUCGGCCUGUCGGCCACCCAGAGGCCCAUCGAGGAGGUCGCCCGCCUGCUCGUGGGCAGCCAGAACAUCGACGGCGCUGGAAAGCCGGCUUGCACCAUCGUCGACACCGGACACGCCCGCGAGAUUGACCUCGCCCUGCAGUUGCCUGAGCAGGAGCUGGGACCCAUAGCUUCCCACGAACUCUGGGGCGAGACCCUGGACGCCAUCGCCGGCCUUGUAAACGAGCACGAGACAACGCUUGUUUUCUUUGUCGCCCACCACGGCAGCCUCUCCCGCGAAAUUCGGCUGGACGCCGAGCAGAAACUCAAAACCGGCGAGGUCAAAGUCUGCGUGGCCACGGCCUCAUUGGAACUGGGCAUCGAUAUCGGCGACGUUGAUUUGGUCUGCCAGAUUGGCUCGCCUCGCUCCAUAGGUGUCCUGCUCCAGCGCGUCGGGCGCUCCGGCCACACCGUGGGCGGCAAGCCCAAGGGCCGCCUUUUCCCCCUGACCCGGGACGAGCUGGCCGAAUGCGUGGGACUGGCCCGUGCCGUUCGCCGCCGCAAUCUCGACACGCUUUCCAUCCCGCCAUGGCCGACGGAUGUCCUGGCGCAGCAGAUUGUUGCCUCCUGCGCGCAGGAGGACUGGGCUGAGGAUGACCUGUACGAUCUGGCAAGGCGCGCUUACCCUUAUCGGGACCUGCCCCGGGAAAAGUUCGACCAGGUCAUCGAGACGCUCUCUGAGGGCUUCGCCACCCGGCUGGGGCGCGGCUCCGCCUACCUCCACCGCGACGGCGUAAACGCGGUAGUCAAGGGUCGCCGUGGGGCGCCGCUGGCUGCCAUGACCAGCGGCGGGGCCAUCCCGGAAAACGCCGACUACGACGUGAUCGCAGAGCCGGAGGACACCUUCGUCGGCACGGUCAACGAGGACUUUGCCAUCGAGAGCCUCAAGGGCGACGUGUUCCUGCUGGGCAACACGGCCUGGAAGAUACGCCGCGUCGAAAACGGUCGUGUCAGGGUCGAAGACGCCCACGGGCAACCGCCGACCAUCCCUUUCUGGUUGGGAGAGGCGCCGGGACGCACCACUGAACUGUCGGACGAGAUCACCGAACUCCGUGAGGGAAUUGACCGCCUUCUGCCCGACGCGGGAUCAGCCCGCGAGUGGGUGGUCAACGAGUCCGGUGUGGAUGGAGAGUCCAGCCGCCAGCUUGUCGCCUAUAUCGAAGAGGGCAAGCGGGUGCUGGGCGUGACUCCCAGCAAGAACCGCGUGGUCGCCGAGCGGUUCUUCGAUGAGAGCGGAGGGAUGCAGCUGGUUCUCCACGCGCCCUUCGGAGCCCGGAUCAACCGGGCUUGGGGCAUGGCCCUGCGCAAAAAAAUCUGCCGCUCCUUCGACUUCGAGUUGCAGGCGGUGGCUACCGACGACGGCCUGAAUUUCUCCCUAGGCCCGACACUGUCGAUGCCGGUGGAGGACGUGUUCAAUUACCUCAAGUCCUCGAACUUCGAGGAAGUAUUGACGCAGGCAAUACUCCAGGCACCAAUAUUCGGCACCCGGUGGCGAUGGAACGCCACCCGCUCGCUCGCCAUCCUGCGGCACAACGGCGGAAAGAAGGUGCCGCCGCCGCUCCAGCGCAUGCGCUCCGACGACCUGCUGGCCUCGGUCUUCCCGGCCCAGGUCGCCUGCCAGGACAACGCCCCGCCCGGCGACAUCGAGAUCCCCGAUCACCCCCUGGUCUUCGAAACACUGCGCGACUGCCUGACCGAGGCAUCAGACCUGGAGGGCUGCCAAUCGUUGCUGGCUGGCAUCGAGUCCGGCUCCAUCGAGGUGUAUGGACGAGAUACCGUCCAGCCGUCGGUGUUCUCCCACCAGAUUUUGAACGCAAUGCCCUACGCGUUCCUGGACGACGCACCACUGGAGGAGCGCCGGGCCCGUGCCGUCUCGCUGCGGCGCGCGCUCCCUGAUGAUGCCAGGGACCUGGCACAGCUCGACCCCGAGGCGAUCCGGUUGGAGUCCGAGAAUGCCUGGCCUCGUGUCCGGGACGCCGACGAACUGCACGACGCCCUGCUCACCCUGGGCGUGCUGCCCGAGGGAGAGGAAGGGCUGUCCCGACCGGUGAUGUCGGGCCUCCCCCUGCGAACGUGGCUGGAGCAGUUGGCCACCGCGGGGAGGGUGCAUCGGGUAUCCACUGGGAGCGGCCUUGCUGCCUGGGUGGCGGCAGAGCGCCUGGACCUGGUGCGCAUGGCCUACGACGGAGUCUCGGUGAACCCUGCGCCACACGUUGGUGUGCCGGUCCCCGGCAACGCCCAAGCCGCGCGGACACGUGAGGACGCGAUUCUUGCUCUGGUUCGCGGAUGGGCCGAUUGCAUCGGUCCGUUCACCGCCGCCAACCUGUCAUCCACUCUGGCAUUGCCACUGGACGACGUCAGGUACGCCUUGGGGCAGCUUGAGAAUGAGGGCGUUGUGCUGCGGGGCAGCUACCGGCAGGGCGUCGAGGACGAGGAGUUCUGCGACCGCCGCGUGCUGGCCCGGAUACACCGAUCCACCAUCGAUUCGUUGCGAAGCCGGAUUGAACCAGUUUCGCCGUCCAUCUUCAUCCGCUUCCUCCUGGACUGGCAACACGUAAUGCCGGAGGCCCGGCUGCAGGGAGAGAGCGGCCUGCUGGCUGUCAUCGAGAAAUUGCAGGGGUUCGAGGCAGCAGCCAGCACAAUCGAAGAUGAAAUCCUGGGCAACCGGGUCGCCGAGUACAGCGGAGUGAUGCUGGACCGGCUCUGCCUCGGCGGCGAGGUGGUGUGGGGACGGUUCUCGGCCCGCCAGAACGCUAGCAUAAGCCUGGGGCUGCCCUCUUCGACCAGGGCUGCAUUUUCCCGGUUUACGCCCAUCAGCCUCGCCUUGAGGGAAUCCAUCGACUGGCUGGUCCCUGAUGAUCUCCCCGAGACCGACGGACUGACCGGUGCCCCAGCGGAGGUCCUGGAAUUCCUGCAGCGCAGAGGGGCCUCCUUCCCUUCAGACAUUGAAUCCGCAACCAAACGCCUGCCGUCUGACGUUGAAGAAGCGCUCUGGACGCUGGCGGCGGCCGGUCUGGUAACAGCCGACGGACUCGAGGGCAUGCGUCAGCGGCUCCGGGGAACCAAGAGGCCCCGCCGUUCCCAGAGCACCGGUAGAGGAACGCUCCAUCGCCGCCGGGGAUUCAGCCGGUGGUGGCUGCUGGAACCCGUGGAACCACUGGAGGACUGUACCGAGGUGGUGGCGCGCCAAUUGCUGUUGCGAUACGGCAUCCUGUUCCCCGAACUGCUGCACCGCGAUUCCCUGGCCGUCCGCUGGCGCGACUUGGCCCGCGUCCUCCGCAGGCUGGAGGCCAGGGGCGAGAUUCGGGGCGGACGGUUCGUCACCGGGUUCGUCGGAGAGCAGUUUGCCCUGCCGGAGGCGGCAGACGCGCUGCGUCGCUGGCGCGACCGGGAUCCCGAUGACCGCUUGGCGAUAGUCUCGGCGGUUGACCCGCUGAACCUGGCAGGAAUCCUGACCCCUGGACCUCGCGUGGCCGCCACUCCCGGCAACCGGCUCGCGUUCCGUAACGGCGUGCCCAUAGCGGCAAUGGAGGGCGGCGAGUUCGUGCCCUUGUCCAACGCCCCUAGCAGUGCGCUGGACAGGGCCAUGGCCCUUCUGUCCGUCCCGGUCUCCCACGCCAACUUCCGCCUCGAACAGGAAUCGUUGGCCACCGCCUGA